AAGCGAAGCCGGACCUUUAGAAUUCUUGGCCAUCUCAAACUCCUACCAGCUGUGACUGGUCACCCCUCUCUCCCCCUCUGAGCCAAACGCUCAGAGCUCUCCCUCAAAUUCGAAAUCCCCUAAUCUUCUUCAUCUCUUCCAAUUGCUCCCCCAAUUUGAAUCACAACCUUCGAUUCAACUCUACCAUCUCCAGUUCAACGUCUUUUGCAACCAAAAUGGCAUAUCCUGGCUGCUGUUAGCCUUUUAUAGGUCGUCUUUCUUCGUCUCCGAGACCGCACUGUACCAAAUCUUCACCUUCCUAUUCCAAUUUGCUCUUAUGGCGAUCCGCGUCACCCUAGGGUUUUCGGGCUACGUGGCCCAAAACCUAGCCUCCUCCGCCAGUAUUCGCGCCAGUAAUUGCCGCGGCGUCCACGAAUGCUGGGUUAGGUCUCUGCUGUUCGGCACCAACCAGAAGGCCGAUCUCGACCCCUCCGGCACCGUCCCCGGUUACCGGUCCAAAUUCGCCGCCAGGUCCAAGGCUCCGAACUCCCUCUACGGCGCCCUUGCCGAAGAAUUCCUCUGCCAAAGCUCCAAGACCCCGAUUAUGUCCACCUUGAUCUCCGUUUUGAAGUCAACAGCCGCCGUCACCGGUCCUUCUCUGGUUUCCCCGUCUCUUGGCCUCGGAAUCUCGCCGGUCAAACCCGGUUCGAUCAUGCCGUUCUUGCAGGCCUCCAAGUGGCUUCCCUGCAACGAAUCUGUUCCGGCGAAAUUGGUGAGCGAGAUGGACAGAAAACUGCGUUUGGAUGAUGAUACUGAGGUGGUGGUCUCCGCCUCGGAGUUGAGUAAGAAUGGAUUGCAGAGGAGCGGUUGGUUAUCGCGCCUCUUGAGUUCUUGCUCCGAAGACGCAAAGGCAGUCUUCACUGCUGUGACUGUCAGCGUUCUGUUCCGCUCAUCCUUGGCCGAGCCCAGGUCCAUUCCUUCCACCUCUAUGUACCCUACUCUCGAUGUGGGUGAUCGUGUUCUAGCUGAGAAGGUUUCAUAUCUGUUUAGAAAGCCUGAGGUUUCAGAUAUAGUCAUUUUCAAGGCACCUCCAAUCUUGCAGGAGAUUGGCUUUAGCUCGGGCGAUGUAUUCAUAAAAAGAAUUGUGGCCAAGGCUGGAGACUAUGUUGAGGUGCAUGAUGGGAAAUUGUUGGUGAACAGUGAAAUUCAAAAUGAAAAUUACAUAUUGGAGCCUCUUGCCUAUGAAAUGGAACCAAUUCUCAUUCCAGAAGGCUAUGUCUUUGUGAUGGGGGACAACCGCAACAACAGUUUUGACUCUCAUAACUGGGGUCCCCUUCCUGUAAAAAACAUUCUUGGAAGAUCCGUUUUUCGCUACUGGCCUCCCUCCAAAGUGUCCGACAUUAUGCAUGAACCACAGGUAGAAAAAUCUGUGGCAAUUUCUUGACAAUUCGGCCUCUGACUGCAGAGGAGAGGAUCUGAGAUAUCUUAAAUCUUUUGUUCAGUCAAAAUAUUGACUAUUUUUACCACUCAUUUGGCUCACUGCUGAGCAAUUUGAACAUGCGAGCCAUUCUGUUUACUUCAUGUGGCUGCAUGUCUUUGACUCUACCAAAGAUGGGUCUUCACCCAUCACUCUGUAUGACAAUGAAACUUCUGUCUUAGCAAAUGAGUGAGAACAAAAAAGAUGAAGCUAAUUGUUCAUCUAUUAUCAUUCAAUCAAUUGUUUUUGUUCCUGUCUUAUGGGAGGUUCAGAUGCUGCCAUACAUUAGCAGCAGCUUUGAGGGGCCAAAUAUCUGAAGUGGGGCGAAGGGGGAAGCAACUGUGGUGCAGAAUCGAUGGAAGGUCUCGUGGUCUGUUGAUGGUGGGAGAGGGAUUGAAAUGAAGAGAGAAUCAUGAGAUGGUUGAUGGAUUGUAAAACAGACGCAGAUGUUCUUUGAAGUUUUGCUGAUGGCCCCAUGAUUUAGUUUGGCUUCUCAUCUUAGCGUUGCCUCUAGGCUUCCUUCCAAGCAUGUAAACUAUUCAAAUAAGAAUAAUUUUAUUUCUUUUCAUUAUCGAUUAUGGUCCUUGUUUUUAAGUA